GGGUGAGAAGGGAGGGUCAGUGACAGUGUUGACUAGAAGUGGGCGGUGGCUGUGUGUAUAAAAGCCCUCUGCCGAGAAGCAGACGUUAAUUUCGGUGGAAGUUUGAGAGAGACACCAACCAAAGGCAUCUACAGCCAGCCAGCUUCACAGCUCUACUACUGCAACAGUACUACUCCUCUUCUUCCAGCAAACAUGACAGAGAGACGCAUCCCCUUCAGCCUGCUCCGCACCCCUAGCUGGGACCCCUACAGGGACUGGUACCAGGGCAACCGACUCUUCGACCAGUCCUUCGGUAUGCCUGCCCACGCAGAGGGGUUACCCUCCUUCUCCAGCACCCACUGGCCCGGAUACAUGCGCCCCGCCCUCGGCCACGACCUGUCCUCUGCCGGCUUCAUGCCCUCUAUGAUGCCCCACCAGCAGAGUGCAAUGAUGCCCUUAGUCCCAAUGAUGCCCCAAGCCCCAAUGAUGGUCCAGGCCCCUAUGAUGGCCCAGGCUGGGGCAGCAUCGUACUCCCGCGCCCUUUCCCGCCAGCUCAGCACUGGCAUGUCUGAGAUCAAGCAGACCCAGGAGGCCUGGAAGGUCACUCUGGACGUCAACCACUUCUCCCCUGAAGAGUUGGUGGUCAAGACCAAGGAUGGCGUGGUAGAGAUCACUGGCAAGCAUGAGGAGAGGAAGGACGAGCAUGGAUUUGUGUCCAGAUGCUUCACUAGGAAAUACACACUGCCCCCUAUGGCUGACGCUGAGAAGGUGACGUCCACCUUAUCUCCCGAGGGAGUGCUGACCGUGGAGACUCCUCUGAACAGGCAGGCCAUCAAGGCUGCAGAGAUCUCCAUCCCUGUCGCCAUGGGCAGCAGCAAGACCAAGCCCUACGACAUGACAACGAGGAAGGGAAGUGGCAAUGGGCACCAUCAUGAUGAGCAUCAUGAAGAGGAGGAAGAAGAGGAGUGAAACUCCAAACAUAAACACACACUCACACUCACACACACAUAGUAGACACAGAUGAAAUGGUUAGACAGAAAGAGAGAAGGUAGGCAAAACUGUGAUAAUUCCACACCUAUUGUAUAGCUACAGUAGGCUCUGGAAAUGCAUCUAUAACGUUAUACGUUUCACGUGUGCUCACACUAACACCACUUGCCUGCUCUAUCCCACACUGCAGUAAUUGCUAUCUGCAUUUGAGCCAAGCCACAACAAAAAACAGUUACACACACACACAUAUACACACACUCUCCUCAUUCCUACUAUGCGCUUGCUAGGAACUGAAAAUGAUUAGAUCUGCAAACAGUGACUGCAGUCCUGCUAUUGCAUCAUCAUUCUGUGCUUGCUGCCUCUCUCUCUCUCUCGCUCUCUCUCUCUCUCUCUACAGACGUUAACACAGCCAAGAAGAGCCAGGAUACCAGUGAUACUGUAGCCUAGUCCCAGAACAUUUUGUUGACAAUGACCAUAGGAGUUGGAAAGACUGCACAAACUGAUCUGGACCAGGCUAGUGAUACACACAGAACACCAAAGAACCAAUGGGCCAGCACAUGGGCCUCUGACUAUUACACCCAUAGAAAUUCUAUUAAUUCUUUUUCUAUGAUUUCACCAUCCUCUGACUGUUACUGGCCACUCACUGUUGUUAAAAUAUGGUCUAAAACACUGGUCUGUACUGUAGUUGCAUUUGGAAAGCUGUACCCACGUAUAACGGUGAAUAAAGACAAAUCCUAAUA